AUGGGAUACACCACGGGUAAAAUCAAAGGGACCGACACUAACGCGUGGUACAAUAACCAUUAUUUACUCAGUACUUGCAUCAAUUUUAACAGUGAACACAAACGGAGCAAACAUGGAGUGGACGAUAUAUACGACUCAGAAGUGAGGAGGUUGAAGAAAAAGAAAUGGAAACCAGAGAUUUGCCGACAAAGAGAAGGCCAGAUAAAGGCGAAAUCGCAAAAUUCAUUAGCAGUAAAAUUGUUCAAAGAGAAUGCAAACAGUAUGCAAGAAACGGUAAAUCAACAAGUAACGUCUGCAAGUGUGGUCGUGAGGUUCAAUGGCAUACGGAUAAAAGCCUGGAAUGCAACCCUGAUACAGAUCAUGACGAUUGGAAACCAAAAACACACACUAAGACUAUGAACUGUGAUUCAUUCGGGGAGAUCUUCUUUAGAGGUGUCGGUCAUGGCACACGGAACUCUCCAGUAAGUUUCUU